GAGCGGGGAGCGGAGGCGGCGGGCCAGGCGCGGGGGGUCCCCACCAUGGAGAUCGAGAAGGAGUUCCACCAGCUCGACCAGGCCGCCAGCUGGGCCCUCAUCUACCAGGUGUAGAGGAUGUACAUGAUUAUUGAAAAGCCUUUCUGCAAGAAGUCUAAAACUGUCGCUGUACAAGGUAGUAAGAAAUAGUUCCUAUCCAACAGGCUCUUGCCGUCUAAUUCAAAGACAAAGUCCAUGAAGUGCUGGUUUGAAUUGGAGAGAUGCUUCACCGGCAACUGAUGAUUCAAAGCUUUGAAGGAGAUAUCAGGCAUGAAGCCAGUGACUUUCCAUGUAAAGUGGCCAAACAUCCCAGAAACAAAAACCGAAAUAGGUACAGAGAUGUCAGCCCCUUUGACCACAGUCGAAUUAAGCUAACCAAAGGUGACAAUGACUAUAUCAAUGCCAGCUUGAUAAAAAUGGAAGAGGCCCAAAGGAGCUACAUCCUUACCCAGGGUCCUCUGCCAAAUACUUGUGGUCACUUUUGGGAGAUGGUUUGGGAACAGAAAAGCCGUGGUGUCGUCAUGCUCAACAGAGUGAUGGAAAAAGGAUCAAUAAAAUGUGCACAGUACUGGCCACAGAAAGAGGAGAAAGAAAUGCUCUUUGAGGAUACGAACUUGAAGUUAACCUUGAUUUCUGAAGAUGUAAAAUCAUAUUACACAGUACGACAGCUAGAAUUGGAAAACCUUACUGCACAGGAAACUAGAGAAAUUCUGCACUUUCACUAUACCACAUGGCCUGACUUUGGAGUCCCAGAAUCUCCUGCUUCGUUCCUCAACUUCCUGUUCAAAGUGAGAGAGUCUGGCUCACUGAGUCCUGAGCACGGACCCAUUGUGGUGCAUUGCAGUGCAGGAAUUGGAAGAUCGGGAACUUUUUGUUUGGUUGAUACAUGUCUUCUACUGAUGGACGAAAGGAAAGAUCCUUCUUCUGUGGACAUUAAGCAAGUUCUCUUAGAAAUGAGAAAGUACAGAAUGGGGCUUAUACAGACAGCAGAUCAACUUCGUUUCUCUUACUUGGCUGUUAUUGAAGGAGCAAAAUUUAUUAUGGGAGAUGCCUCGGUGCAGGAGCAGUGGAAAGAGCUUUCCAAUGAAGACCUAGACCCUCCACCAGAACAUACUCCCCCACCCCCGAGGCCACCAAAGCGAACAUCAGAAAUGCACAAUGGGCGGAUGCACGAACACACAGAGUUUUUCCCUAAGCACCCUGUGGUAGAGGAAGAGAUCAGAUGUGCAGUCAGCACUGUGGAGGAAAUGGUACCUGAUGGCUCAUCUGUGCAGCUGGGUACAGACAGCACUAGUCAAGACACUGAACUGAGGAGGAGAACUGUUGGUGAAAAUCUGUGUGCCUCGCCCCACAAAGAGGAGCCAGUAAAGUCAGAAAACAUAGAAGAGGAUGAUGAGAACAUGAUGACAACCUGGAAGCCAUUUCUAGUGAAUAUCUGUAUGUUCACUGUCCUCACAGCAGGAGCUUACCUCUGUUACAGGGUAUGUUUUCAUUGAUGGACAUGUCAGCAAGAUUGAGUAUACAGAGAACAACAACAAUUUGACCAGUGUGUAAUCCGAUUCUAUGAAAGAAAUCUAAUUGAGGCAUCUGAGCCUUGUCUCAGUGGAAAUAUACCUUAGGUUGAAAGGCUGGAACUUUUGGUUAGGGCUUAGAGAGAAUUGAUGCACUAGGGUUUAAUUUAGCCCUGUGGUCCCAAGAACAUAAUAUUCUAAUCUCAGGGCCUUAAAAUAUUCAGGAGUAAGCAGAGAAAAUGCCAAAUAAGUCUCUUCUUUUUUUCUUUUUUUUUUUUGGUCUUUUUUUUUUUUUUCUGGAAUAAUAGAAUUACAACACAUUGUUGUUUUUAGCCUUUUUUAAAAGCCGGUUCUUUUUCUUUGUGUUACUUCAGAAAGAAACUAGACGCAAGUGAAACUUGCUUGUACUCUCCAAGUGUUGUAACCAAAUACAUGAUUUAUAUUAUUACUGAGUUCCCAAAAAGAGAGAGAAUCCACAUAUCUGAAGAAUGUAAACUUUUUGGAAGGGGAGGGCUCUUUUUUGUCUCACUUCAUCUAUUAAAGACUCAGUUGUGGGCAGUGCCUGUGGUAUUGAUAUAUUUAAUCAUGGCAUAACUGUUCUUAACUAGCUUCUUGUUUUACAAUCAAUAAAAACAGGCUUCUGCAUUUGCUCAGGGUAUCCCAACAUGUCAAACAUUGUGUUGUUU